AUGGAGAUGAGGCUUGUCGCCUGCGAACGUAUGUCAGGGACACAAUGCUCGAAAAAGACUCCAUUGAGUUUGUGCUUCGUGAAGCAGCCUGUCUGCAAUGGAGAUGAGGCUUGUCGCCUGCAAGCGUAUGUCAGGGACACAAUGCUCGAAAAAGACUCCAUUGAGUUUGUGCUUCGUGAAGCAGCCUGUUUGCAAUGGAGAUGA